GCUCACGCAUCCAGACAUGCUCUGUCCAGCUGGAUUAGCAUUCAGCGCUGCGCGCCAGCAGGUUUUCGUCUCGGACAAGUGGAAGCACUGCAUCCACGUCUUUUCCAGCCAGGGCGCCUACUUGAGGAGCUUUUCCAGCCUGAAGCUGCGCAGCCCGGACGGAAUAGCAAUGGGGCCCAACGACGAGCUGAUCAUUUGCGACACUGGCAACGACCGCGUGCUGCUCAUCGAUCCGGACUCUGGCAACAAACUGGGCGUUAUUGGGGCCCACAACGGGAUCACCCAGCUGAACUUCCCCACCAGCGUGGCUCUGGAUGGCUCGAACAUUGUGGUGGCCGAUUCAGGAAACAACCGGGUGAAAACCUACAGUCUGGAUGGCGAGCUCCUGCAGGAAAUCGGCUCGUUCGGAAAAAACCCCGGCCAGUUCCGGUCGGCUGAAGUGGUCGCUGUCGACCAGCUGGGCUUCAUUCUGGUUGGCGAUGCUGGCAAUGCUCGAGUGCAAGUGUUCAAGCCCGAUGGCACUUUGGUGAAGAUCUUCGGCAGCAAAAGCGGCUUCGGGUGGGUGUCCGGCCUGCUGGUCACCCCCAACUUGGACAUCAUCGCCGCCGAUAACAGGACAAGGAGUUUGAAGAUUUUUUAACAUCAAUCCCCUUAGACAGUAAUAUAUCACAUGUUCAUAG